CCCGUACGUCACAACCACUCACUCACGCGUCAGCUUCAGUGCAGCUUCAACUUCAUCGCACUACAGAACACCACCUGCUCCGACUAACACAAAAGCUCGAGCCUGAACCCAUUCAUUCUCCCGCCUGAUACCCCGGCAAACCAUUCUCCCGGUCUUACUUCUAUAAAAACACCUUUCUCUACCAACCUCCAUUCCACAACACCACCACCACCACAUCACCACACAAGAUGCCUCCCAGUAACCCCCUCGGCAUCGCCACCCUCUCCCUCGGCACUGCAGCCCACCACCCCCUCGAGACCCGGCUGCAGGCCGCCGCCGCCGCUGGCUACACGCACAUCGACCUCUUCGACGACUGCUGGGCGACCUACCUACACACCCACCACUCCCCCCCCCUCCCCGUCCCCCCCACCCCCUGGACCGCUACGCCCGAAACCCUCCGCAUCGCACGCCAACUCGGCGCUCUCGCCACCUCCCUGAAUCUCACGAUAGCAUGCACGCAACCCUGCCGCCAAAUCGAGGGGCUCCUCGACCCGGACGAACGCCGCGCCGCGCUGGAUUCCGUGGCCGCGCGGUUCCCCUUCAUGCGGGCCUUCGGGACGGAUCUUGUCUUCAUGUGCGCGAACAUCCGGAGGGAUGAGGGGGUGACCGCCGACUUGGAGGUCGUGGCACGGGAUUUGGCGGAAUUGGGCGAUAUGGCGCGCACAUUCUCUGCGGCGGAUGGCGGGCCGAUCAUCAAGAUCGGGUACGAGGGGUUGAGUUGGGCGCGGCGGAAUACGUGGAAGAGCUCGUGGGAGGCGGUGCGGGCGGCAGACCGCGAGAACGUGGGAUUGGUGGUGGAUGCGUUCAAUGUGCUGGCGGUGGAGUGGGCGGAUCCGUACGCGGUGGAGGAGGGGGAGGGGAGGGUGCAUCGCGAUGUGAGGGUGGCGAGACGGAGGCUGGGGGAGUCGAUGCGGGAGUUGGUGGAGUGUGUCCCCGCGGAGAAGAUCUUCUUCUUUCAGGUCGCCGAUGCGGAGAGAGUGGGGAGAGACGUGGUGGAUUCUUGGAAUGGGGAUGUGAAUGGGGAUACUACGCCACGGUUGUUGCCCUGGUCGAGAGGGUAUCGCUUGUUUCCGGGGGAGAGGGAGCGGGGGGCGUAUUUGCCGGUGGAGCUGGUGGCCAAGGCGGUGCUACAGACGGGGUAUCAAGGGCCGGUCUCGCUGGAGGUUUUUAAUCGGUCGUUGAGUGAGACAGACGAGAAGGUGCCGAGAGAGCAUGCGGAGAGGGGGAUGAAGGGGUUGAAGUGGUUGCUGGAGGAGCUGGAGAGAGUGCCCACCUUUGAGUAGGAUUUCCUAUGGGUUCGAUGCAUCGGAUGCACUCAAUAGAAGCGUCUACUGUAUUCACCUUUUAUUCGUAUCGAUCGAGUCUAGUCUUGUGGCUUCAGAAGGCGUGUGUCUAUAGCUGGAUGGCGAGAGAUGUCAAGGUCAUAUGACCCGCUUCUGCUCGUCUCCCCGCCAUCGUUCGCCUCCAUCAAUCAAGCAUCGC